CGGGCCGGGCCGAGGGCUGAAAGUUCGGAGGCUCCGGGGCAGGGAGCGCGCGGCGGGAUGGCCGGCAGGAGCCCGGAGCAGAGCCUGCGGGAGGAGCUGACGUGUGCCAUCUGCUGCGAGCUCUUCGCGGAGCCCGUCAUGCUGGAGUGCAUGCACCACUUCUGCAAGGGCUGCAUCCAGAGCUACUGGGCCAGGUGCCCCCGCGCCACCUGCCCCCAGUGCCGCCGCCACUUCCCCGGCCGCCAGUUCCGCCCGCACUCCCUGCUGGCGGGGCUGGUGGAGACGGUGCGGCGCUGCGGCGCCGAGGAGCGCCGGCGGCACGCACAGAGGAACCUGGAAGACGCCUUGCAGGCUCGUCGGAGGGAGAUGGAGGACUUCUUGCAGAGGAAGCAUGCGGUGCAGGAGGACAUCUGCAGCCUGACGAAGGUGUCUGGGGAGCUGCACUGCAAGAUCCGAGCAGAAUUCACCCGACUUUACCAGAUCCUGGAGGAAGAGGAGAGGGCUGUGUUGGCAGCACUGGGCAAAAAGGAAGAGCAGUUGCUGGCAGGAUUACACGGGCAUGUCCAGCAGCUGGAGGAAGGAAUCUCGGAGCUGCAGAGGGACAUAGAGCACAUGGAGCAAACCCUGAGCAAGAUGGGAGAGAUGUCGUUGCUGGAGGUGGAGAGCCUGGAUAUCAGGCCCUCGGUGUGCAUCGAGACCCAGCCUGCCUUCAACCUGGAGCACUACCGGGACAGCCAUGGGGGCCCCUUGCAGUACAUCUUCUGGAGACGGAUGCUGCGAUCCAUCUGCCCCGCUCCUGCCGCGCUCACCUUCAACCCCAAAUCUGCGCACCCCAACCUGGUCUUCUCCAGAGACUUGACCGCAGUGACGGAGAAAGAAAGAGCCCAGCCAGUCCCCCACAGUCCCCAGCGCUUCCAGCAGUGUGUGAAUGUCCUGGGCUCGCGGGCGUUCGACAGCGGCCAGCAUUACUGGGAGGUGUGGGUGGGCAGCAAAACCAAGUGGGACCUGGGGGUGGCAGCAGAAGCUGUGGACCGGGCAGCGAAGGUCAAGCUGUGCCCAGAGAACGGCUACUGGACGCUUCGCCUGAGGAACAAGACAGAGUACUGGGCCACCACCACGCCCUGGGUGCGCCUGGCCCCGCAGCAGCCCCCCCGGAAAGUGGGGGUCUUCCUGGACUGCCACGAGGGCACCGUGGCCUUCUUCGAUGCCGGGGACAUGUCUCACCUCUUCACCUUCCGGCAGGUCUCUGCAGAGAGAUACUGCCCCUUCUUCAGCACCUGCUUCAGCGACGGGGGGGACAACGUGGAGCCCAUGCGCAUCUGCCACCUGGUCCUGUGAGGGCAGAGGGAGGAGAUGGGGAGCAGCAUCCCACGCACGCCGUGGGGACGCCGCUGUCCUGGCUGGGCUCCCGCGCUGCUCCUGGCUGCUGCUGUUUGAGGCCGUCACUCCGUAGGAGCAUCGUGCUGGAGGCUCUGCGGGCUGCCGUGCGGUGGGCAGGGAGACCGGCCCCGCGCCCAGCCACCUGGUGACAUCGGAGAGGCUCUUCGUUGGCUUCUGGCAGAGAGACAGCAGAUGCAUCACGUCCCCUUUGUGGCUCUGGUGUCCCUCUGCUGUGCCGUGGUCUGCAGAUCCGGCCUCGUGCCCCGGCUGGCGUGCGUUGGAGAACAGCCUGGGAAAGUUGCAGGAGCUGCAGGACAAGAGGGGAAGGUGCUGCCGGCCCCACGGCUCUUCGCUCGUGGAACCCGCGGAGGACGAGGAGAGCGUUCGCAGCGCAGCGGGACCCGUUACGGAGCGCCGGACGCGAGCGGUGCCUGCGAGGGCCUGCGGCCCCGCUCGCCGAUUCCCGAACGCGGGCGGGAGGAUCCGCUCCGCGCUCCCCCGGAGGACGGGGUCCGCUCCCGGCAGAGGGAGCUCUGCGUUCAGCCGGAGCACGGCCGGGCCCUGCUGCGCCCCGGGGGCCGGGGACCCGCUCCCCCGGCCCCAGCCGCUCUGCCACCAUUAAAGCUUGUUCAGAAGGCC